UGUCUUCACUGUGGAGCCCUCAGCAUCUGCAAGACGUUUUUAUCUCUCACCACUGCUAUUCCUUGUGGAUCCCUAAGGAGAGUUAAAUUCUCUUGUUUAUCUUAUCUAGUAGCAUAUGCUAACUCUUUUCACAUUCCCUGGGACUGUUGAUGACUUCUUUUGGGUUUCCUCCCAGAGAAACAUUCCACGUCCAUCAUAAAGGGAUUUAAAGGAGUUGUCCUUGGAGCCCAGAACCUUGAAUUUCCACAUUGAUGAAUCAAGAGUGGAAAAUUUGAAGCGAUGCAAGCAGAAAAAAGAAAUUAAACCAGGCCUGAGAGCGAUGCGACAGGCAUGAUGGAGGUCGAGUCCUCCUACUCGGACUUCAUCUCCUGUGACCGGACAGGCCGUCGAAACGCAGUCCCUGACAUCCAGGGCGACUCGGAGGCUGUGAGCGUGCGGAAGCUGGCUGGAGACAUGGGCGAGCUGGCCCUCGAGGGGGCAGAAGGACAGGCAGAAGCAAGCACCACGGACAAGGAAGCCAGCAACCAGCCCGAGAGCAGCAGUGGGACCACCUCAUCUUGAGUCUGACCUUGUCCUGGAGGCCGGAAGAGAGACCUGCUGCCCCCUCCCAGAAUGGGAGCCCAGGCACUGGCCCGGCGGCCUCUUCCCUGAGCCCAUGUCCCAGGCCAGACUGAGGCCUCUGUGGUCCCUAAUCUAGGAAGUCCUUUGCCCACACCCACGGGCUCCACAUUCCCACUACCUUCUCUGCACACCCAGGUACACUCUCAAGACACUGUAACCACGGGAUGUUAUUUAUUCAGCGGCCACAGGACUCAGGCUGGGCCCUGCCAACCGGGUGAGCCGCCCCCAAGGGGACACUCCUCUUGGCCACCUGGACAGGGCCUGUGUCCCAGCACUGCCCCUCCUUUCCAUCCCCGGCCUUCCAGGUCAACACCUUCUUUCCCUUUUUUAAAAAAAAAAUACUUUUAAACUUUUUAAAAACUUUAAACCUUUUUUCAGCAGAGAGGGAGAGAGCUGAUAAUCAAUUCACUUUGUUUUGUUUUUUUAGGAAAGCCAUUUUAAGCUCAACUCUGACCAUCUAUGCAGCUCUGAGGUUCCCUCAUGGAGCUUCACAGAUCCAUUUAUAGGGAAGGAAUUUGGGCUCAAAACUAACAGAGCGAUUCUUUGCCCUUUUUACCAAGAUAAGUGACUUAGGCCCCAGUAAAUAAAUGCUGAUGAUUUGUGUGA